UGCGUCUAGGGCGGAAAGGAGUCGUAAACUCGUUAAAAUUCCUUUCUCAACACGGCCGCAGUUCCUCUUUCGAGACCAAAAUUCUUUUUGUGUGCGUGCGUGCCAAGAAUACUCCCCACUAUUUUCCUUCUCCACUUCCUUUUCUCCUACGUCCUCCUUGCUUUAUGGACCGGAAGAGUCCUUGAACGAAAAUACCUCGGCAGGCACUUCCGGGACCAGAGCCCAGGGUUCCGGGAGAGUGCUGGCAGGAAAGGGAAAGACAGAGGCGGCGGCUGGAGGAUGAAGAAGGAGCAUGUGCUGCACUGUCAGUUCUCCGCGUGGUACCCGCUCUUCCGAAGCCUUACCAUUAAGAGUGUCAUUCUUCCACUUCCUCAGAAUGUGAAGGAUUAUUUACUUGAUGAUGGAACUCUGGUGGUUUCAGGAAGGGAAGAUCCACCAACACGCUCUCAGCCAGACAGUGAUGAUGAAGCAGAAGAAAUACAGUGGUCUGAUGAUGAGAACACAGCCACGCUUACGGCACCAGAAUUUCCUGAGUUCACCACUAAAGUCCAGGAAGCUAUCAAUUCCCUGGGGGGCAGUGUCUUUCCUAAGCUUAACUGGAGUGCCCCAAGGGAUGCAUACUGGAUAGCAAUGAAUAGUUCCCUGAAGUGUAAAACCCUCAGCGACAUCUUUCUACUUUUCAAGAGUUCUGAUUUCAUCACUCGUGACUUCACUCAGCCAUUUAUUCAUUGUACUGAUGAUUCUCCAGAUCCUUGUAUGGAAUAUGAGCUUGUCCUCCGAAAAUGGUGUGAAUUAAUUCCUGGGGCUGAGUUCCGAUGUUUUGUCAAGGAAAACAAGCUUAUUGGUAUUUCUCAAAGGGACUACACACAAUACUAUGAUCAUAUUUCUAAACAAAAGGAAGAAAUUUGCAGAGGCAUACAAGAUUUUUUCAGGAAACACAUACAGUAUAAAUUCUUAGAUGAAGACUGUGAGUAUUUUUUAUUGACCCAACUGAAGAUGAAGAUGGGGCUAGUUUACAUUUAUUCUUCAGAUCUCAAAAGGGAUGAAAACUUCUGUAAUGAAGCAAGAGAAUACAGACUGUGUUUGUUUUUAUUUUAUAUUAAUUUUUGUCUCCUCGCACUGCAGGGAAAGGUGUGGCUAAUUGACUUUAAUCCAUUUGGUGAAGUCACAGAUUCCCUGCUGUUCACCUGGGAGGAGCUGAUAUCUGAGAAAAACCUCAAAGGUGAUUUUAGUGAAGGAGAUGCUCAGGAGCAGGAUUCUCCAGCUUUCCGUUGCACGAACAGUGAGGUUACAGUGCAGCCCAGCCCCUACCUGAGCUAUCGACUGCCCAAGGACUUCGUAGACCUCUCUACUGGGGAAGAUGCUCACAAACUGAUAGAUUUUCUUAAACUGAAAAGAAAUCAGCAAGAGGAUGACUGAUUAGAGAGCUAGAGUUCAAGACCCAGUUAAAGAGGAAACCACCGCUGCUUCAGGAGGCUGUUCAUAGGCCACAACUUCCUGUCCCCCCUCGUCGGUGGGGUGGGGGCAGGCAUUGUGGACAGCAACGGCUUUUUAUAUUCAUGUAUAUUCACCUGGAUAACAAUGGAGGGACUUUGCUACUUGUAAAAAUGACAUACUAAAUAGAUCUUAAACAUAGGAAACCAUGCUGUUCUGAUAAUAAAAUACUUUCUAUGAAA